AACGACGGCCAUGGCCAUAUCUCUCUCUAGUGACGAACAGGUGUACAAUUCGUGAUCAACGCCGCACACGCACGGAUUUGUUGACCGAGAGAAACUCUUUCCGUAAGAAAAAAGAAGAUGGCCCGGAUCGUCGCCGUGAAGGAGUAUCUCGAGAAGGCGUUGAAGGACGAGAGCAAGCCAUGGGUAAAAAUAUUCGCUCUCGCUGAGGAGAAGACCGGCGUCGAUCGACUAUACAUCUUUGUCGGCUCGUUGGUGCUGCUGGCCUUAUACCUGGUAUUUGGAUUGGGACAACAGCUAGUAUGUAAUAUAGUCGGUUUUGUUUACCCUGCGUACCAAUCUAUGAAGGCGCUGGAAAGCCCCAAGAAGGAGGACGAUACAAAAUGGCUUACUUAUUGGGUCGUUUUCGCUGUGUUUGCUAUAGUAGAGUUCUUCUCUGAAUAUAUUGUCUGUUGGUUUCCCGUCUACUGGCUGUUCAAGUGUAUAUUUUACGUGUGGUUGAUGGCACCAACCGAGUACAAUGGUUCCUUGAUUCUGUAUCGCCGUAUCAUCCGUCCAAAGUUUAUCCAGUAUCAGCCUGGAUUAGACAGAUUAUUGUCCAAUGCACGUGAUACAGCAAUUAAAACUGCUGCGGAAGCGUUGCUGACCAACAAGCAAGAUUAACGGAGCUGCAAGUCAAGUAAAUAGAAAGCCCAUUUGUGUCUUUCCCUUUUUACUCAUUCCUAGCAGAAGCAGCAUGAAUUUUGUGCUUUGCUGAGUAUUAUUGGGCGUUCUACAUUAUAAGAAAUGCAAGGUGACGAGAAGAAUGUCAAACAUAAAUUUCGUGUAAUCAAAUACAACAAGCGCUGUCCAAAUGAUCAGGAAUGAAUUUUUGUCCGAAAUUACGAAUAGCAGGUACGAAAUAUAAAAGAAGAAAAAUCUAACCUAAUCCUGCUUUGUAAAAGAAAUCAUUAAUUAUUGGAGUAAUCAUUAACAAAGUAAUCAAUGGUUUACUUCUCAGAGGAAGAUGUUUUGUUCUUUUAUGUUUCAUAGUUAUCAGCUAUUUGUAACGUAUAAUCUUUUAGAAUUACAAAGUAAUAUGAUUCAGGAAAAUUUCAGCAUAGUCCGGAAAUUGGCUGAAUUUUGACUCAUUCGAGACAUCGCUUAUAAAGUGAUUUUUGAGUGAAAUUGCAAAUAAAAUUUGGAAUGUUCUUGUAUAGUAGGAUAGGAUACCGUCGCGUGUUUUUGCCAUUUACGUAAUCAUUGAUAAUAUAUGUAUAUGUAAGUGUACUGUAUUCUUAGAAUGUUUCACCAACGAUUUCAAUCAUCUGAUGAUUUAACUGAUUCCUCGUUUCUUUGUAGAUUAAUACGCGUGCGUACGCGCGUUUGUUACCACGCGAAAUUCUCGAUUAUAAAUCAAGCUUUUUAAAAUCAAUUUACUUUUUAAAAUCAAUUUUUAUGUGAUAUUUAUAAAAAUUAUAAGAAUUAUAUUUAUAAAAUGUUGUAUAUCUUCCAAAUAUAUACUCCAAAUCUUAAAUCAUUUUACUUAUAUCUUUUAAAUUAUGCGAUAAGAUAAACUUUUAUCUUAAUCGAAUGAAAUAUAAACUUUUCACUGUUUUGCAUCUGUCACGAGAAUCGAGCUCAUCAUAUAUGAUGACACUGGUAACAAACGUAUUAGCUCCAUCUUAUGUAUUAUAGUAAUGUUAAUUAUCACGUGUGCCAGUAAUUGCUUGGUUCUCUAUCUUAAAAUAUUUGCCGUAUCAUUAGGUAAAAUUCGAUUAGAUAAAUUUCAAGUGUUGGUGAAAUUAGCUAGUAGGUAAGUUUCUACGCACAAUUGAUAAAGAGCGAAUGUUUGAUUAUUAAAAAAUGGCAAAGAUUUGAAGUAUUAAUCACAAAUAAUAUUUAAUGGUUUAGGGAAGUGGUACAAUUUAAUAAAAAUAUUUACAUCAAAUUUUUAAUAAGAAAUGUUGCCAUUUAAUUAUUAUGUAUCUACCGUGGAAAAGCGAAACUUUUGCUGAAUGAAGGAACCUGAACCUUUUAGUCAGUGAAGGUGAAAGCACAUCUAGCUUAAAUUUGUAUCAAAUAAGUAAGUAAAAUGACAUCGUACUGGCAUCCGAUUGUCUCUUCUCUUUUUUCUUAAUUAUAUAAUAAUAUUCUACGUACAUUUUGAAAUACAGAAUUAAGCUUAUGUGUAUUGCUCAAAUAUAACCCGUCGUCUCGAAUAAUUUAUUAGUUAUUCUGUAUUGUAUAUCUGGCAAGGUUGAUGUUCCUCAAUUAUGAAUCAAAUAUCCGUAUCCUGUGAAAAAUUAACAACAAAUAUUCUGUAUCUUUCUUCAAUUAUUGUUAAAAACUCCUCGUAUAGUGUUACCAGUUGUAUAGUGUUGCCAGCACAGGAGAAUAUUAAGCAAAAUUGUAAAUUUAGAAAUAUUGACGGAAAUUGUGCAUAAAUUGCCAUUGACACGCAUUAAUAAAUAUCUUUUUAUUUUA